AUAUUUCCCUCCAGGAGCUCAGCCUGGCCCUGUACCGGCACCUCCUGGGGCUGCGCGAGGGCGAUUCCCGCCCGGAUCCGGAGGCGGCCGGGAAGCAGCUGAACCUGCUGUGCUGCGACAUCGACCCGGAGCUGAUCCGGAGGGCCCGGCAGAGCAGCCCCUUCCCGGAAUCCGUGUCCUUCGUGCCCUUGGACAUCAUGGAUCCCGACGCCAGGGGCCCCUUCCUGAGCUCCCACCUGGAGCGGUUCGGCCGCUCCCGCUUCGACCUCGUCUCCUGCCUCUCCGUGACCAUGUGGAUCCACCUCCGGCACGGCGACGGCGGCCUGCGGGAAUUCCUGGCCUUCCUGGCUUCCCUGGGCUCCGUCCUGCUCCUGGAGCCCCAGCCCUGGAAGUGCUACCGGGCGGCGGCGCGGCGGCUCCGCAGGGCGGGCAGGACGGACUUCGAGCACUUCCGGAGCCUCGGGAUCCGCGGGGACGUGGAGGGAGGGAUCAGCCGGAUCCUGACCCGGGAAUGCGCCAUGGAGAGCCUGGGCUGCCUCGGGAGCACCGACUGGCACAGGAGCCUCCUGCUCUUCAGGUCCAGCCGGGAAGGGGCUCCGGAGCGGCCCCUCGGGGCCGGGGAGUCGGAGGGAGAAUCCAGGAAUUCCUGAAUCCCAACUACCUGAACUCUAGGAAUUCCUGAUUGCCAGCUCCUGAGGGUCAUCCACAGGGACAGGAGCCUCCUGCUCUUCAGAUCCAGCCGGGAAGGGGCUCCGGAGCGGCCCCUUGGAUCCAGGGAGUCGGAGGGAGAAUCCAGGAAUUCCUGGAUCCCGACUCCUGGACUUUAGGAAUUCCUGAUUCCCAACUCCUGAGGGUCAUCCACAGGGACAGGAGCCUCCUGCUCUUCAGAUCCAGCCGGGAAGGGGCUCUGGAGCAGCCCCUCGGGGCCGGGGAGUCGGAGGGAGAAUCCAGGAAUUCCUGAUUCCCAACUCCUGAGAGUCAGCCACAGGGACAGGAGCUCCUGCUCUUUGGAUCCACCAGGAAUUCCUGAAUCCCUGAACAUCCACAGGGACAGGAGCCUCCUGCUCUUCAGAUCCAGCCAGGAAGGGGCUCUGGAGCGGCCCCUCGGAUCCGGGGAUUUGAAGGGAAAGAAAGGCCCGAAUCCUGACUCCUGAAUUCCAGGAAUUCCUGAUUCCCAGCUCCUGAGAGUCAUCCACAGGGACAGGAGCUUCUGCUCUUCAGAUCCACCAGGAAUUCCUGAAUCCCUGAACAUCCACAGGGACAGGAGCUUCCUGCUCUUUAGAUCCACCCAGGGAGGAAAUUCCUGAAUCCCUGAACAUCCACAGGGACAGGAGCUUCCUGCUCUUCAGAUCCAACUGGGAAGAGGCUCUGGAAUGGCCCCUGGCGUCCAGGGAGUCGGAGGGAGAAUCGGGGAAUUCCUGAAUCCCGACUCCUGGACUUUAGGAAUUCCUGAUUCCGAACUACCUGAACUCUUGGAAUUCCUGAUUCCCAACUCCUGAGGGUCAUCCACAGGGACAGGAGCCUCCUGCUCUUCAGAUCCAGCCGGGAAAGGGCUCUGGAACAACCCCUUGGAUCCGGGGAGUCAGAGGGAGAAUCGAGGAACUCCUGAAUCCCAACUACCUGAACUCUUGGAAUUCCUGAUUCCCAACUCCUGAGAGCCAUCCACAGGGACAGGAGCCUCCUACUCUUCACAUCCACCAGGAAUUCCUGAAUCCCUGAACAUCCACAGGGACAGGAGCUCCUGCUCUUCGAAUCCACCCGGGAAGGAAAUUCCUGAAUCCCAACUCCUGAAUUCUAGGAAUUCCUGAAUCCCAACUCCAUCCACAGGGACAGGAGCUUCCUGCUCUUCAGACCCACCCGGGAAAGGACUCUGGAACGGCCUCCCACAUCCAGGGAGUCAGAGGGAAAAUCAAGGAAUUCCUGAUUCCCAACUCCUGAACACACAAGGAUCAUCAAAUUCAACUCCUGGCCCAGGACACCCCAAAAAUCCCCCUAAUCCCAAAAUCCCAGUGUCCAAGCACUCCCUGACCUCUAAAAUCAUGGAAUAUCCCGAGCUGGAAGGGGACCACAGGGAUCAAACCCAACUCCUGCUUUGGGAUGACCCCAAAAAUCCCACUGAUCCCAAAAUCCCGAUGCCCAGGAUUGUUGUCCAAACAGCCCCUGACCUCUAAAAUCAUGGAAUGCCAGAGGGAUCACAAAAUCAUGGAAUAUCCUGAGUGGGAGGGGACCCACAAGGGUCAUCGAGUCCAACUCCCGGCCCAGGACAAUCCCAAAAUUCCCACUAAUCCCAAAAAUCCCAACUCCCGGGAGCUUUGUCCCUGAGCUGUGGCUUCCUGGGAGCACUUCCCUGGGGAGCUGUUCCAGUGCCUGAGCUCCCUCUGGAUGAGGAGCCUGUUCCCAAAAUCCACCCAGAGCUUCCCCCAGGACCUGGGUUUGGACAAUCCCUCCCCUGGACUCAGCAUUCCCGGGACAUGGGGCUCCUCCAUCCCCGGGAGUCCUUUUGGGAAUGGCGCCCUUGGAGUAAAACCAACCGAGAGUUUUAUCC